AUCCAAUCCAUACCAAAACAUUUCCAAACAAACAUGGCGCUUAGUUGUCCGUGAUCCGCGGUGUCCGCAGCAUAUCCGUUGUAUCUGGAGGGCCGUUUCGUGGCGUGCUACGGAACGAAUAAAUUAACGUGACUGUUCUGUGGCGAUAUCCGGCAUGGACUACGAUUACCAGGUUUGCGAGGACUCGGACAGCGAAGGCUACGACAGUAGCAGCUCGGAAGAUGCCUUCGAAGCUUACGUUCGCCAGAAGUAUCUAUCCCAGCCUGAUCAGGUAGAUGAUUUCGACAAGGAGAUGGAAAACGAGCUCUCUGCUACCUUUAAAGUUUUCGAGCAGAGACAGCUGUUCGACGCCGCUUCUACAGAUUCCCGAAUCAGCGCUGGUCCGGCCGGUCAACGGCUGGCGGUGAAAGGUCAGCAAGCACACACUACCGAAAAACCUGGCCAGUCAGGAGGUGGUCUCCAAGAUGCAAACACAGAGAGUCGCAAAGCAGAGGACUCGGCGCAGAUGACCGCAGCAGACGGCAGCUCACCUAAGGUGAAAGAAGAGGACGACAAAAAGACCGAGAAGAGCGGUCCGUCCAACGACGACCUCUUCUACGAUCCAGAAAUGGAUGACGAAGAUGAAAAAUGGGUUAACGAACAACGGCGAAGCUGCAUAUUUCCCGACAAGUCUGAGCACAAGGACGGUGGUAAAGCCAAGCCAUUGCCUCAGAGUGAUGCUGUCCUUAAUUGUCCAGGCUGUAUGACGCUUCUCUGCCUCGACUGUCAGCGGCAUGAAAUCUACAACACGCAGUACCGUGCCAUGUUUGUGAAGAAUUGUGUUGUCAACAGAAAAGAAACACUCAGAUGCCUGCCAUCGAGGUCGUCAUCAAAACGCCGCCAAAACCUUCCUGAAGGUGUAAAUGACCCACGUGACAUCUUCAACCCUGUACAGUGCGAAGUUUGCCGUACAGAGGUUGCAGUGUACGAUAGUGAAGAGGUGUACCAUUUCUUUAAUGUCAUCGCUAGCUUUUCAUGAGCGAUAAAUUCCUUGUUCGACUCGGCUGUUUUAAGGGCAUGUACAUAGACCACUGUAAAUAAAAGCUCACAAAGUGCUCUA